AAAUGCAUCUACCUUCAGUACCUUGACACUGGUGACAGCGCAGCAGCAUCUGUUUCCCACUUUUAGCAAAAUCCUGUGAGAUCUGACAAUCUAAAGCUCGCAGUGAGUUCUUUCCAUCUCCAGACAAUGCCGUCCGAUAUGUUGUUGCACGCCGCCAAUUUCAGCACACUGUUUGCGUGCAUGGUGCUGAAGUUCCCGCAGAUUUUUGUACUGAUGCGAGCGAAAUCAACGGAAGGAGUCAGCCUCAACAGUCUUCUCCUCGAGUUGAUCGGGUAUAUUGUUUUUGUAACGUACCAGAUGUACUAUGACUACCCACCUCCAACAUACCUGGAAUAUCCAAUCCUCAUUGCUCAAGAUGCCAUUCUUCUGCUCCUGAUCCUUCACUACAAUGGCAGCCUGCGGCACAGCCUCAUCUACACCUUGCUGUUUGUUGGAGGUUGGAGGCUCCUCACUGUGGAGAAGUGGAUCAUAGAUUUGGCUAUGAGCCUGUGCACAUUCAUCAGUGCAGCCAGUAAAUUUGCCCAACUGCAAUGCCUGUGGAGGUCUAAGGAUGCUGGACAGGUUAGCGCCCUCUCCUGGGCUCUGGCUACCUACACAUGUAUGGCACGGAUUUACACCACCACUGUGACAACUGGAGACAUGCAGGUUCUGGUGCGGUUCAUCGCCAUGACUUUGCUCAACAUGUGGGUGCUGCUCACUGUGCUCUACUACCAGAGACACAGCAGCAGGUCCAAGAAAGAGGACUAAGCUUUAGAGUUGGAUCCUGAGACUGGCUGUCCUGUAAACCUGCAGUUCACAACCAUGACUAAAAAGAAAACGGUUAUGUAAGCAGUUUUGUAAAACUGACACAUAAAAUGUGCUUUUUGUAUUAUUACCACCGUAUUGAACCCACAUAUCUUUUUUUUUUUUUUUUUUUAUAACAUUCCAGUGACUGAAAAUAUUAAGACUUAAGCAGAGACCAGUGCUUUUUCAUACUGUAUGUGACCAAAUGUAUUGUUAGUAGAUAGGGCAGCACAAGCAUAUCUGAAAUCUUACUACUCAGAAUGAGAAAUACUGUAUUUUGAAAGCAUUUAUAAGUCCUUUUCUAAACUACUUUAAUAAAGCGAACAUUCUAUCUUC